CCCUCUCAAAAGAUAAUCUCCGAGAGAGCAGUCUCAUGGACUUGUUUGGAGAGUUUCAGAAGGGAGAAAUCGAUGGGAGACCAUUUCUUGUAUACCAAAACGUUAUGAAACAAUUACCACUACUAAUACAAACCCCAAACACCUCCGACGAUGGAGAAACCACCAUCGAAAAACCAUUAUCAUUCCAAAACAAUACAACCUCCAUCUACGAUCUCCCUCCCCAAACUCUUUUCUUAUGCCCAAGACUCCGAACCCGAUUGUUAUUGAAUGCUCUCGAUGAUGAGAGGGGUGGUGAGGACUCUAACCAAAUCCUUUCCAAGUACAGUUCUUCCCCUCUCUUUGAUGACACUAGUGACACUCAUCAUGUACUCCCUCUUUUUUGGUGCAACAACAAAGAAGUCGAUCCAGAAGCUGAAGAAGGUGAUGAGUGCUAUUCCUGCUCUAUCCAAACCAUCGGUACGGACUAUUAUUUUUGUGCCACGUGUGAUAAAAGGUUUCAUAAAGAAUGCGUCGAGUGUCCACUUAGGAUUAGUUAUCCUUCCCACCCCAAACAUUCUCUCCAACUCUUCUAUUCUAAAUAUAGAUCUGACAAUUGCAUCUACUGUAGAGAAAGAGCAACCUAUAUGAUUUAUUUUUGUGCUCUUUGCGACACCUAUAUGCAUGUCCUUUGUGCUCAGAAAAAAAUACCCUUUUUCAUAGACAAACCAAAAAGGCAUGACCAUACUCUCUCCCUUUUCCCUAGACAAGCUUCCUUAACCUGCAAUAUUUGUGGUUUGGUUAAUAAACUUCAUCUCACUUACGCCUGCCCUUCUCUAUGCGAUUUCGUUUCCCAUAGUGAUUGUAUCCACAACCCACAAACCAUAAGAAUAUCUCGUCACUACCACCAUGUCUCUUUCACUUCUACUCUUUCGUUAGGAAGAUGGUCUUGUGGAGUUUGCCGCCGUACGAUUGACCCUGAGUAUGGUGCGUAUACUUGCAAUGUGUGUAAUGACUACGCUGUUCACACAAGAUGUGCAUUGCGCACAGAUAUAUGGGAUGGCAUUGAACUCGAAGGAGUACCAGAAGACGACGUAGAAAUUGAGCCUUUCGAGAGGAUAUCUGAUGAAAUAAUACUCCAUUUCUCUCAUGGAUGUCAUAUGAAGUUUGAGACCAGUGGAGUUUACGACGGAAACAAGUUUUGUCAAGCAUGUACCCUUCCAAUAAACGAGGACUAUUUUUAUGUAUGUGUGGAAUUGUGUGACUUCAUCUUACACGACAGAUGUGCAUAUGCUCCACGUAGAAAGGUCCAUCCAUUACAUCCCCAUCCACUUAUACAAAAGGCUGCUGUUCAUGAAGACCAUGUAUUCGGAUGUGAUGCUUGUAUGCGUACUAGUAAUGGUUUUGGGUAUAGGUGUACCAAUCAGGAUUGUGACUACAUACUAGAUGUAGUGUGUGCUUCGACUUCUGAGCCGUUUAAUUAUCAAGGCCAUGAACACCCCUUAUUCAUGGAGAAAGACCCUAGAAAAAAGCCAAUAUGCCACAUUUGCAAGUCAAAGAAAGACAAGGUGUUUAACUGCUAUGAAUGUGAAUUUGUUAUAUGUUUCGAAUGCGCUACCUUACCAUACAAGGUAAGGUAUGAGGAUGAUGACCAUUACCUUAGAUUUUGCGGUGGAUAUGAGGCAAGUGACAAGGAUUGGUGUGAGAUAUGCGAAAAGAGAAUAAAGAUUGGAAAAAACAAAGGGUUCUAUAAGUGCAAUGACUGCUGCACCUCGCUUCAUAUUAAUUGUUUACUUGGUCCAGAACCAUAUAUGAAGCCUGGUCAAAUUACCACAGAAGAUAAAGGUGAUGGGGUGCUUGUUAUACGCAACAAAUUUUCUUCUCGACCAAUUUGCUAUUCUUGCAGUAACCGUUGUCCGUAUCCAACAUUUUAUAGUUUUGAAGAGAGUGUGUUUUGUUCUUUAAACUGUUUUCAUUAUUAACGCUUAAAUCAUAUACACGUCGAUAGCCAUUGAGUUA